AUGGCGAAAAUAUUUUCUCCUUUUCUUCCCACUGGUACAGCUCUUUCAUUUGUAAAAGGAGUCGCUAGAAGUGGCAACAAAAUCUAUAUUGUAAAUGGAGUUCAAACUUCUUGGUCCGAGGCCAGAGCCAUCUGUGCCAAUGGUGGAGGUCAGUUGGCCGUACCCCGGACUUAUGAAGAAAACCAAGCCAUCUUCUUCCUCCGCAAGCAGGUCAAUCAGCACACAUUCAUGGGUAUAAACGACAUACAGAAAGAGGGUGAUUUUCGAGACCUGUCUGGAGAAGCCAUCAAAUACUUCAAUUGGCUCCCCAGUGAACCCAACAAUGUUGCUGGCAAUGAGAAUUGCGUGGAAAUGUGGGAGGAAGGAAAGUGGAAUGAUGAGAAUUGUGCACGAGCACGGCUUUUUGUUUGUGAGUUUUAA